GGUUGGUGUCCCCCUGCUGGGGUGAUUUGGCGCAGAGCGGAGGAGGUGCUUGCUCCUGCCUCUGCUCCUCCCCUCUCCUUGCGGCCUCCCGGAGGUCGGCCCUCUUCUUGUGGCCUGCUGUAAAAUGUGGAUGACGCCCAAGAGGAGCAAAAUGGAAGUCGACGAAUCUCGGGUUUUCCGGACCGAGUGGACCCAGCGUUACUUGGUGGUGGAGCCUCCGGAGGGCGAAGGGGCCCUGUGCCUGGUCUGUCGCCGCCUCGUCGUAGCCACCCGCGAACGCGACGUCAGGCGCCACUACGAGGCCGAGCACGACUACUACGAGCGGUAUGUGGCGGAGGGCGAGCGCGCGGCCCUAGUGGAGCGUCUGCGGCAGGGCGACUUGCCCGUGGUCGCCCCGCUCACUCCCGAGGAGAGAGCUGCUCGUGCAGGCCUCGGGCUCGCCCGCCUCUUGGCCUUGAAGGGUCGCGGCUGGGGUGAGGGGGACUUUGUGUACCAGUGCAUGGAGGUGAUGCUGAGGGAUGUACUGCCCGAACACGUAAGCGUUCUGGAUGGCAUUGAUUUAUCUCCAGAGGUCACGCGGCAGAGGGUCCUGAACAUUAACAAGAACCUACGCAGUCAGCUUUUUGACAGAGCCAAGGACUUUAAAGCCUAUUCCCUUGCCUUGGACGACCAGGCCUUCGUGGCCUAUGAGAACUACCUCCUGGUCUUUGUCCGCGGCGUGGGCCAGGACUUGGAGGUCCAAGAAGAGCUUCUGACCAUAAUCAACCUGACUCGUCACUUCAGUGUUGGUGCCCUUAUGGCGGCAAUCCUUGAGGCCCUGCAGACAGCAGGGCUUAGCUUGCAGCGAAUGGUUGGACUAACCACGACCCACACUCUGAGGAUGAUUGGUGAGAACUCAGGACUGGUGUCGUACAUGAGGGAAAAGGCUGUAAGCCCCAACUGUUGGAAUGUUAUCCAUUAUUCAGGAUUUCUGCACUUGGAACUCUUGAGCUCCUACGAUGUCGACGUUAAUCAGAUCAUAAAUACUAUAUCAGAAUGGAUAGUUCUGAUUAAGACCAGAGGCGUUAGGCGCCCCGAAUUUCAGGCUUUACUAACUGAAUCUGAAUCAGAGCAUGGCGAAAGGGUUAAUGGACGAUGUCUGAACAAUUGGCUUAGAAGAGGGAAAACUUUAAAACUAGUAUUUUCCCUGAGAAAAGAGAUAGAAGCAUUCUUGGUUUCAAUAGGGGCAACAACGGUCCAUUUCACAGACAAGCAAUGGCUGUGUGACUUUGGCUUCUUGGUGGAUAUUAUGGACCACCUCCGAGAACUCAGUGAACUGUUGAGAGUCAGUAAAGUCUUUGCUGCCGCUGCCUUUGACCAUAUUUGUACCUUUGAAGUGAAGCUGAAUUUACUGCAGAGACAUAUUGAGGAAAAAAAUCUAACACACUUUGCUGCCUUCAGAGAAGUUGUUGAUGAGCUUAAACAGCAUCUUAAAGAAGAUCAAAAAAUAUUUGAUCCUGAUAGGUAUCAAGUGGUGAUCUGUCGCCUACAGAAAGAAUUUGAGAGACAUUUCAAGGACCUCAGGUUCAUUAAAAAGGACUUAGAACUUUUUGCAAAUCCUUUUAAUUUUAAACCUGAAUAUGCACCUAUUUCAGUAAGAGUGGAACUAACAAAACUUCAGGCGAAUACUAACCUUUGGAAUGAAUACAGAGUCAAAGACUUGGGGCAGUUCUAUGCUGGAUUGUCUGCUGAAUCUUACCCAAUUAUCAAAGGGGUUGCCUGUAAGGUAGCAUCCUUGUUUGAUAGUAACGAAAUCUGCGAAAAGGCUUUUUCAUAUUUGACUCGAAACCAACACACUUUGAGCCAGCCAUUGACAGAUGAGCAUCUCCACGCCCUGUUUAGGAUUGCCACAACUGAAAUAGAGCCGCAUUGGGAUGACCUUGUGAGAGGAAGAAAUGAAUCCAAUCCAUAAGUCUUGGUAGUACAACAUUGAGACACUCAAAGAGAAUCUCAUUCUAAAAGCAAACAUUUGUCCGAUUUUUCAAGUGAACUAAUUUGGAUUGUGGCAAAGCACCAAG